GGCGGCGGCGGCCAGCGAAGGACCCGGAUGAUCGGCUUUUUGGCACUCUAGGAAGAAUGGAAGUCACCCAAGAAGCGUCAGAACGAAUUCUCCUAGAGCCCUACAAGUACUUACUUCAGUUACCAGGAAAACAAGUGAGAACCAAACUUUCCCAGGCCUUCGAUCACUGGCUGAAUGUUCCAGAAGACAAGAAACAGGUGAUCAUCGAAGUGACGGAGAUGUUGCACAACGCCAGCUUACUCAUCGACGACAUCGAAGACAACUCCAAGCUACGCCGGGGCUUCCCCGUGGCCCACAGCAUCUACGGCAUCCCGUCCGUGAUCAAUUCCGCCAACUACGUCUAUUUCCUGGGCCUCGAGAAGGUCCUGACGCUCAACCACCCCGACGCCGUGAGACUCUUCACGCGCCAGCUCCUGGAACUCCACCAGGGCCAAGGGCUGGAUAUUUACUGGCGGGAUAAUUACACGUGCCCCACCGAAGAGGAGUACAGGGCCAUGGUGCUGCAGAAGACGGGCGGCCUCUUCGGCUUGGCGGUGGGGCUCAUGCAGCUGUUCUCCAGCUACAAAGAGGACCUGAAGCCGCUCCUCGACACCCUCGGCCUCUUCUUCCAAAUCCGAGACGACUACGCCAACCUCCACUCCAAGGAGUACAGCGAGAACAAAAGCUUCUGCGAAGACCUGACGGAGGGCAAGUUCUCGUUCCCCACCAUCCACGCCAUCUGGUCCCGCCCGGAGAGCACCCAGGUGCAGAACAUCCUGCGCCAAAGGACGGAAAACGUAGACAUCAAAAAGUACUGCGUCCACUACCUGGAGGACGCGGGCUCCUUCGAGUACACCCGGCAGACGCUGAAGGCGCUGGAAUCGGAGGCUUAUAAACAAAUCGAGGCCCUCGGCGGGAACCCGGAGCUGGUGGCUCUGAUCCGGCACCUGAGCGAGAUGUUCCGAGAGGACGACGGAAACUAGCCUGCUCCCGACGCGGGCGGCGGCGGGGCUCCUUCGUCGACCUCCGCUCUGGCCCGUAAACGGUUCUGAUCGGCGGGCGGGGGGCUAUUCAUUGAGCGCCUACCGUGGGAGAGGACGAUAGAGUAGAAUCGGACCCAUCGGAUCCGGGGAAAACGGCAGCCCCGCUCCCUCCCCGUCCCCACCAAGCAAAGUCAGAAACCACCUAAGUGGCCCUAAGGUGUCCGAACCGUCCGUUGUUAUAACAACGAAGCAGUUAGACGACCGAUGUCGGGGGAAUCGUCAUCCUUGGGCACGCCCUCUCUCCCACUCUGUGUCUACUCGUAGCGGUAGCCACGUUACGGAAGCUGAGGCUCGUAGACUGAAUCCACGUUUUUUAAAAGCUUGCUGAUUUCCCACGGUAUCUGGCUAAUGGCCUCGGCUUCCACAGCUUUGCAGAAAUCACAAUUAAAGUCCCGGUUGUCACCGUCAGUUCCCAGCUUG